AUGAGUUCUUUGAUAUAUAUAUUUGUGAUUUUUUCCAUAUUUUUACCUCUAUCGCGAGCGGAAGUAAGUGCAGUCGAGCAAUUUGUCCCUAAAGUGAAAUUAUCGGACUUGGUCGACAAUAAAACUUUGAAAUUUGUUUUUGUGAUAGUAAGACAUGGAGAACAAUUCCCAGAUAAAUACAUGAUGGAUGCUAAUCCAUCAUACGAAUAUAAAAAGUACAAAUUUCCAGUUGGAGAACUAAAUAAGAUGGGAAAAGACACUAUGUAUGAAAUUGGCGAUAAACUAAGAAAAUUAUAUCCUCAAUUUUUAGAAAGACCAUAUGUUACUAAACAUUUAACUAAAGUUACUGCAGCUGGUAACGAAUAUACAAUAGUAACACGUGAAAGUGCACUAAUUUUGAGAGAAGGACUUCGAGGAAGGAAUAAGAAGAAGGCUUUGAAGAGACAUUGGUCGACCAGAAGAUUGGCUACUACUCAUAACCACGAAUUUACUGAUGCUGCAUCAGGAUUUUUCAGAUCUUGCAAAAGUUAUUAUCCGACCCAAAAUAUAUCAUUAAUAGAAAAAUUGGUGCCAUUAUUUAAAUCGGAGAGAGAAUUCCAAAAAGUAUUCAAAGCAUUGAAAAAACACACUGAAGCCAGAGUGGAUUACAAUUAUUUGAAAAUUUUACAUGCGUUAUAUGAAUUAUACGAAACAACUUAUUAUAGUGGUUUCAAAUUGCCCAAGUGGUAUACUGAAAAGAUAUCCGACGGUUUUUAUAAAGUGAUGCAUCAAUUUGUCAAUAUAUCCUUUUCAACUGAUUACCUUAAAACAAUUACUGGAGGUCGAACGCUGAGGUACUUCUUAGACACAUUGGACGAUAAAUUGAACCACAAAUUGGAACCAUGCGAUACAAGAAUGAUGGUACACGUUGCUUAUGAUGCAAACAUAUCGCCCUUCUUUGCCGCUUUGGGUGGUGAGAAAGGAUUUACCUCAGGAAAGGAAAUUAUUCACCAUUUCUUCCCACCAUCAGGCGGUUUUGUGGUCAUAGAAGCCCAUCAAGUAGCCGACGAAGAAGACUUCUGGUUAAAGGUGUACACAUCAGAAAGUUUAUAUGCACCAGUCAGAGGCCUUAAUAUUACCGAUUGUACUGUCCCAUGUAACUACAAACAGUUGAGAAAAUUGCGCCAAAAUAUUGCAGUGACAAAAUUAGAAUGGGAAGAUAAAUGCGAAAAAGGUCCUGAAAAAAUUCCGAAAUAGAUCAACAGGAAUAAAAAAUAGAAAAUAAAUGUGGAUAAUAUUUAAGAACCUAUAAAAAAUACAUUCU